UUACGCCUCGCCCUCCUUGCAGACCCCAAUUCAGGCAGCCCCGCUUUAAUCCCAAGCUCCCGUCUCACUGCGCAAAGACCACCAUCAGCGGCGGUACCUUGCUAAGCUCCCGAUUUUUUGGGACCGCGUCUCCAAGCUCGCCCAAAUCAACGCCUCCUCUACAUCAACCACACUACAAGACUGCCUCCUCCAUUACAACGAUCCUGCGCACACACGGCUCCACUCAGCAGAAUCGAAACCCCUCCCCACACUGACAUCGAAGACCUGUCCGUAACAACUUCACAGCGGCGAUGGCAGCCGACGUCUCGACGACAGGCCUGGAGUCCCUCAUCUUGAAGAACGCGAAGGCCACGAGGCUCGCCUAUGCAGAUUCAACAGGUCGCAAGCGGAUACGCCUCGACCCCUCAGCCGACCCCGAGCCAGAGGCUGACAAGGACGCCAUCUCGAUACGCCUGCACGCCGAGUAUAACGAUGUCCUAGAACUGCCCGCACCGCUGGCUGCAAAACAGGCUGCCGCCGCCGGCGCAAGAAAGAGAGCGAAGAAGCCAGCAGGGGAGGCAGCGCCAACUCCAGCCGAGGAGAACACGAGGAAGCUGAUAGAGGGGAUCCCGGCAAAGGCGCCAAAUGGGAAGCCGGGGGCUGGGCCGCAGUCCAACGCGCUCGUGCGCCGGACGCCGGGUGCGCCUGGGGCAGGCGGUGCCGGUGACAGAGGCCAGGGUGGUUCGCAGACGACGAGCCUGAUGCGCUUGUCGGAAGCGGUGAACUCGCAACCAAAACCAGAGUGGCACAAGCCAUGGAAGCUGCACAAGGUCAUCUCGGGCCAUCUGGGGUGGGUGCGUAGCGUCGCCGUCGAGCCCGACAACAAGUGGUUCGUGACAGGCAGCGGCGACAGGACGAUCAAGGUGUGGGAUCUGGCGUCUGGGCAGCUGCGGCUGACAUUGACGGGGCACAUCAGCACAGUUCGGGGCCUGGCAGUGUCGCCAAGGCAUCCUUACUUGUUCUCUUGCGGCGAGGACAAGAUGGUCAAGUGCUGGGAUCUGGAGACGAACAAGGUCAUUCGACACUACCACGGCCAUCUCUCUGGUGUCUACACUCUGGCACUACACCCCACUCUGGACGUGUUGGUCACGGGCGGAAGAGACGGCGUCGCAAGAGUGUGGGAUAUGCGGACCAGGAGCAAUAUCCACGUCCUCAGCGGCCACACCGCCACAGUCAGCAGCGUGGUCUGCCAGGAGGCCGACCCUCAGGUCAUAACGGGUUCUCUCGACAGCCAAUGCAGGAUGUGGGAUCUCGCCGCGGGCAAGACCAUGGGCGUCCUGACUCACCACAAGAAAGGCAUCCGAGCACUGGCGUCGCAUCCGUCCGAGUUCACGUUUGCCACCGGUAGCACUUCCAGCAUCAAGCAGUGGAAGUGCCCCGAGGGAGCUUUCAUGCAGAACUUCGAGGGCCACAAUGCCAUCAUCAACACGCUCUCUGUGAACAACGAUAACGUCCUGUUCUCCGGAGGCGACAAUGGCUCCAUGAGUUUCUGGGACUGGAAAUCCGGGUACCGUUAUCAAGCCAUGGACACCAUCGCACAACCAGGCUCGCUCGACGCCGAGAAUGGUGUGUUCUGCUCCACGUUCGACCACUCAGGGCUGCGGCUCAUUUGCGGUGAGGCGGACAAGACAAUCAAGAUAUGGCGUCCGGACGACGAUGCGACACCAGAGACUCACCCUAUCGAUUGGAAACCCACCAUGCACAGGCGGCGGUUCUGAAAGCCGAGCUGAGGUGGUGUUUCAACGCCGUAGAUGGAUGGCCCCUCCAUUGAUUGGGGCACUCAGAUAGGCAUGGGGACGUAAUAUAAAUCUGUGGCACGAGAAGCCCUGUGUAAAGAAGGCAAUAUCGUUUUACUCAAUUCGAC